UUAUCCAAACGGAUUUGAAGUAAUAAUUAGGAUUAACGUUAGCUCAAUAUGCUAACUACCUAGCACCGUUAGCGUUAGCUAUCGUUAGCUGUUAUGGCAGCACAAACUCCACCGAUGUCUGCUCCUGUUGUAAGUCAAAAGCAACGCAGGGCUGCUCAGAGGAAAGAGAGACGAAAACGGAAACGCCAAGCUCUCGCCCAAGCCAGAGAAUGUUUAGAAAAUGGAGAAAGUUGUACACCCGAAGAAGAAAUAAAUGAUGAAGAUGAUGAGGAUAAUGCUACUGCCGAGGAAGAAAGACUGCGGCUACAUGAAGAGUGGUUAGAAAGAGAGAGGAUUGCCCAGGAGGAAUUCAGGCUGAAGGCCGAAAGGGAGGAAGCUGCAAGGAAAAGAAAAGAGGAGGAAGAGAGGAGGAUAAAGGAGGAAUGGGAGGCCCAACAGAGGAAAGAACAAGAACAAAAAGAGAAGAAGCAGCAGGACAAGCGAGACAGAGAGGAGGCCGUUCAGAAAAUGUUGGAUGAAGCUGAAAAUCAGCUGGAAAAUGGAGAACCAUGGAUGAAUCCUGAGGCUCCUGUGACGAAGAACUCGGAGAACUUUGGAACAGAGCGCGAUGUCGCUAACUGUCCGUUCUUCCUGAAGACUGGGUCAUGUCGAUUUGGAGACAGAUGUUCUCGAAAACACAAUUAUCCCACAUCCAGCCCGACUAUGGUGAUCCGUGGUAUGUUUACAACGUUUGGCAUGGAGCAGUCGCGCCGCGAUGAUUAUGAUAUUGAUGCCUGUUUGGAGCACAGCGAGGAGGAGCUGCAGGAGUCUUUCCUGGAGUUCUACCAUGACGUUCUGCCGGAGUUAAAGAGUGUCGGCAAGGUGUUGCAGUUCAAGGUCAGCUGCAAUUACGAACAACACCUGAGAGGAAAUGUUUAUGUUCAGUUUGACACAGAGGAGCAGUGUAGAGAGGCCAUCAUUAGGUUCAACGGGAGGUGGUACGCAGGCCGGCAGCUUCAUUGUGAGAUGUGCCCUGUUACACGGUGGAAGAAUGCUAUAUGUGGCUUGUUUGACAGACAGAAGUGCCCCAAAGGGAAGCACUGCAACUUCCUGCAUGUAUUUCGAAACCCUGGCAAUGAAUUCUGGGAGGCCGACAGGGAUCUGCACUUGUCACCGGACCGCAGGGGGAGUCGCAGAGACGGGUGGCAUUCAGAGCGAUAUGGAGACCGAUCGUGGAGACAACGUCAGAGCAGCAAAAGCCCGCCAAGAUCUGAGAGGUCCCAAAGCAGACGAGAGAGCGACAGGCGGAGAAGCAGGAGCAGAGAGAGGAGGGCCUCCCAUCAGCACAGAGAGGACAAAUGGUCAUCCAGGCACAGUGACAGGAGGAAAGACUGGUAUUUGAGCAGGAGCAGAGACAGGUCGAGGAGUAGAAGUAGAGACAGAGAGCAAAACAGGCCGAGAAACAGGAGUAGAGAUAAAGACAGGGAGCACAAGUACAGGAAUAGAAGUGAAGAGAGAGACAGCAGAGACACAGACACCCGCAGGAAAUCGAGAGAAGUGUCAAGAAGCCCAAGCAAAGAGAGAAACGAGAAAAGUAGAGAAAGGAGCCUGAAGAAAGCAGAUAAAAAGGAGACUAACACACGCCGCCGCCACAGACAAUCUAAAAAGAGUAAGAAGAAGAGCAAGAAGAAGCAUAAGAAGAAAAGCCAUUUGCCUGAAGACAUGAGCUCAUCUGGAGAGUCAGAGAAGGAGGAAGAGUCAGAGGACGAGACGGUGGAGAAUCCCACCGCAGCGAGUCUGAGUCAGGGGAUAAAUGAAACAGAGAUCAUUCAGCAAAACAAUGACUUGGAUGAAAGUUCAUGUGCUGACAAUAAGUUUAGUCCCGAGGUGAAAGAUGAACAGUCACACACAGAAAUACCAAGUGAGCCUGCUGGAAGUAAUGACAUGAGUCCCUCUUAAGCCACAUUUCCACCAAACACUUUCAGUAUCUUACCCUCACAACUGUACCUAACUCGUACAAACGUACCUAAAUCCUAGAUCUGAUUUCCGUACAUCUCCACCGCAGACAGUAAGCAGACUGAUGUAACAGCCGUGUAACUGCUCCAUUCAGCUCUCCCUGUGUUUACUCAUCACUGACAAUUCAGAAGAACAUCUGCUCCUCCCUGAAAUUCCACAGAACGGGGAUACGAAACAUCGUCAGCACUAAAGAAGAACAGGCUGGAGUGUUUAGAGCCAUGCAUAUGACAAUUAAGAGAGUCAAUAAAAACAAACAGGAAAGUCAAAGUUA